AGUCGGAAACCGAAAGCGAAGCCGUCACUCAGUAAACCAUCAGCAAGCAAACCGUUCAGUUCUAUUUCAUUUGUCAAGCAGCUAAGGUGUUCUACCUUCCAUUUACCGUUCCAGUGUAAAAUUCAGUCGACACGUUUAGCGAAUUUAUUUGGUGACAGCUGUUGAACUACGAGUGAAAAAAUCGCGCGCAAUCAGGAAAAAUUAAAAGUGGCGUUGCUCAUCUCUUUCUCUCUUUGCUCUCGUUACAGUUACCAAGGGGAAUCGCUAAAAAGAGACAUUUUCAAAAAAUUAGAUUCGAGUGAAAUAAAAAAAAAAAAUUAGUCAACAUGUCUGAUCGCAAGGCCGUGAUUAAGAAUGCCGACAUGAGCGAGGAGAUGCAGCAGGAUGCCGUCGAUUGUGCGACACAGGCCCUCGAGAAGUACAACAUUGAAAAGGACAUUGCGGCCUACAUCAAGAAGGAGUUCGACAAAAAAUACAAUCCCACAUGGCAUUGCAUUGUCGGUCGCAACUUUGGAUCGUAUGUCACCCACGAGACGCGCCAUUUUAUUUACUUCUAUUUGGGCCAGGUGGCCAUUCUACUGUUUAAGAGCGGUUAAAGUAUUGUCGAGUCGGAUGAAGUGGUGGUGAGGAGGCUGAUGGAGAUGCAGCAGCUGCCCCGCCAGCAGCAACAACAGCAGGGGCAGCAGUCGCAUUUCGGAGCAUCAGAGGAUGAGGACUUAGAGCAGAAACAGCAACAACCACAUAACCAACCACAACAACCACACCAACCGCGGCGCCAAUAUCAUCAACACCAACAAGAACGACAACUGCAAACACUACAGCCACCAGAAGAACAUCUCAAGGAUGCGGAAAUGAUGACCGAUAGGACAAGCGAGAAGCAACAGCAGCAAGAACACUACCAGCAAAAACAAUCAGAAGAUACGGAUAAA